AUAUAAUAACAGGUUUGUCAAUUUUCAAGUGGAAAGACAAAAGAAGUGUACAUUUGUUAUCAAACUAUCACGAUCCUCAAAUUCUCUCAACCGUGAGGAGAAAAUCACGAAAUGGGCAAAUCGAAGAUGUAAAUUGUCCCCGUAUUUUAUUGGACUACAAUAUGAAUAUGGGAUUUGUGGAUAAAUUGGACCAACUUAAAUCUAACUUUGGACUAGAUCGAAGAAGUCAUAAAUGCUGGCAUCGUAUAUUCUUCCAUUUCAUUGAAAUUUGUGUAGUCAACUCAUAUAUACUUUAUAAAUUAAAUGGGCAACAGAUAUCUCACAAAGAUUUUAGAAGGGCCGUAGUCGAUGGACUAGUUGCUGAGAAACUGGUAGACCUUAAAACCACUAGGGAUAGUUCACCGCUAUGUAUUAAAAAACAUAAGCCAACCGUAUCCUCGGAAAUUAGAUUGGAGAGUUCAGCCCAUCAGCCAGAAAGAAGCACCAGAAGGCGUUGCGCAGUAUGUAGCACUAAGCAGAUGAAGAUACGGGCAGAGCGGUCCUGUUCAGUGUGCAAGGUACCUUUGUGUUUGUCAAAGUCCAGAACAUGCUUCCAACAAUAUCAUCAAAAGCUCAAAUCUAAUUAUUAUUAA